UUUUCUUGGCUCAUAUUAAUCUCUAUUCUUUCAGUUAUAACCAAGUUCUGACACCAAAAAUGGCUGAGGCACUCAUCUCCGUACUUCUGGAGCAACUGGCUUCAGUAGUUGUUAAACACACGAAACAAACGGUGACACUCGUUUUGAAUGCCAAGGAAGAUCUUCAUAGUUUGAGCAGCAAGCUCAAAGCUAUCCAGACAGUGCUUGAGGAUGCAGAGAAGAAACAAGUGACAGAGGCAAGGGUGGGAGACUGGUUGCAGAAGCUCAAAGAUGUAUCGUACGAGAUGGACGACGUCCUCGACGAGUGGAACACUGAAAUUCUGAAACAACAAAUGGAAGAAGGUGAAAAUGUUGUUGUUACUAAGAAGAAGGUAUGUUUCCCCAUGCCCUCUGUUUGCUUUUGUAUUGGCCGAGCGAAUAAAGUAAUUCAUCAUCAUAACAUAGCUAGAAGGAUAAAGGAAUUGAAUAAGAAGUUAACUUUGAUUGCUGCUGAAAAAGAAAUGUUUGGCUUUCAUCAAUCCACAAUAGGUGGCCAUGAUGAGCAGCUUAUUCUACGGCAGCAAACUUCAUCUUUGGUCGAUAUAUCUAUGAUAUUUGGCCGAGAAGAAGAAACAAGAAAUUUGUUGAGCAAGUUGUUGAGAGAGAGUAACCAAGAUGGAGAGAGGUUCCUUGUCAUCCCUAUUGUAGGGAUGGGAGGGAUGGGGAAAACAACUCUUACCCAACUAGCCUAUAAUGAUGAAAAGGUUAGAGCCCAUUUUGACAAGAAAGCAUGGGUUUGUGUCUCGGACCCUUUUGACGGGGUUAAGAUUGCCAAAGCGAUCAUUGAGAGUCUAGGUGGAACCCAAAGCAGUUCCAGUGAGUUGGACACUCUACUUCAACGUAUAAGGUCACACGUUGAGAAUAAGAAAUUUCUUCUUGUCCUAGAUGAUGUGUGGACCGAAAACCAAAGAGAGUGGGAAAAUUUGAAAUUACCAGUAAUAAUGCAAAGUUGUGCUGAAGGCAGUACAAUACUGGUGACCACGCGAAAACAAGGGGUUGCUAAAAUGAUGAGAGUAACGAGUAGCAUGGUCCAUUUAGACAGGUUGAGUGAUAGAGACUGUCUAACAUUGUUUAAAAGUAUUGCGUUUUCGGAUAGGGAAGAAGAUGAGUCUAAUGGGUUUGGAGCUGUUGGUGAGAAAAUUGUGAAAAAGUGUAAAGGCUUGCCCCUUGCUGUAAAGACACUAGGGAGUCUAGUGUGGCAUAAGAAAACAAUACGGGAAUGGAGGGAUGUUCUAAAUAGUAAGAUAUGGGAAUUAGAAGAAGUCGAGGAACAAGUUUUCCGACUACUAUUCCUAAGUUAUUAUGAUUUGGCCCCUGCAGUCAAAAGAUGUCUUUUAUAUUGCAUUAUAUUUCCUAAAGAUUCUCAGCUAAAAAAGGAUAACUUGAUUGAGCUUUGGAUGUCACAAGAUUAUCUUAACUUAAAGGGAGACAAAGAAAAGAGAAAAAUUGGUCAGAGUUAUUUUAAGAGUCUAGCACUGCGGUCUUUCUUUCAAGAUUUUAGUAAAGAUGAGUUGGGAAAUGUUUAUGGUUGUAAAAUGCAUGAUAUUGUGCAUGACUUUGUGCAAUUUCUUAGUAAAAAAGAAUGCAUUAUUAUAGAAGCGGUUGAAGGUGCUAAUCAAAGAACGGAGGUAUCAGAUGAUAAAGUCCGUCAUUUGACUUUAAUAGGUGGACCCGUAGAAUUACCUGAUGCUGUGUGUGCUUUAUACAAUCUACAAACUCUGGUCCUUUAUGAGUGUCUGUCCCUUAAGAAACUACCCAAGGCAAUGGGGAAGUUGCUUAAGUUGAGGCAUCUAUACGUUGACCGCUGUACAUUGCUGAGGUACUUACCAAAAGGGAUUGGGAGUUUGAAAAGUCUGCAAGCACUAGACUGGCCUUUUAAAUUUGAGAGUGAUGAUGAAGCGUUGAAACUAGGAGAUGUGGGAAUGAUGGACCAGCUUCAGGGGAGUCUUGAGAUAGCAUGGCUGGGGAAGGAAGAUGAUGAGAGUGAGAUGGAGAAAGCACAGUUGGGGAAUAAAGAGCACCUCUCUGAAUUGAAAGUAUGGUUCCACGUAGCAAGAGGAGAGCAGAGAAAAGGUGAUGAUGAAAUAGUGAAAGCAAUGCAACCACACGAAAAUUUGGAAUCUUUAUCCAUAGGGUACUGCCAUGGCACCACCGAAAGUCUCUAUUGGAUCAGCACUUUACACAAUUUGAGAAAACUUGAUCUCUAUUAUUGGAGAUUUUUUGAAUAUUUGCCUCCUCUUGGGAAAUUGCGGUCGCUUGAGAUUCUGGAGAUAUCAGGGAUGGACAAAGUGAAGAAGGUGGGAGUUGAAUUUCUGGGAAGAGAACAAGAGGAAGAAACUCUAUUUCCCAAGUUGAAACGACUCCGGUUUAGUGACAUGAGCAGCUGGAAAGAGUGGGAAGGAAUAACAAAGGAUUCUUCUGAAAUGAUCACCAUAAUGCCACGCCUUUCUUCCCUGGAAUUUGUGGGGUGCCCAAAUCUAAAAGCACUGCCAGACAUGCUCUACAAGAUAACAGCACUGCGUACUUUGGGGAUCUACUUGUCUCCGACUUUGCAAUAUGAGUACAGAAAAGGCGUGGGGAAGCAGUGGCACAACAUUGCUCACAUCCCAAACCUCUACAUUGAUAAAUAG